UCGGGCUUUUAUGACUUUUAUUACUAUUUGCAGAAAUUCUUCGUCUUGGCUGUGUUCGCCAUUGCCGCCGUUUCGGCUGAUGUUUCUCACCUGAACCUGGGCGGUGGCAGCGGCUACUCGUAUGAGAAGCCAUCGCAGGCGUUCGACAUUGACAUCCGUUCAGCACCUGCUGGGGGUCCAACUUACUCUGCGCCAGGUCCUUCUUACUCAGCUCCUGCACCUGGUCCGAUUUACUCUCCUCCCGCACCAGCACCAGCACCUGAGUAUCUGCCACCUGCGCAAGACAUUGCCGGUCCAGCUCCUGGACCAGUUUACUCCGCACCUGCCCCAGCUCCCGAGUACAACGCUCCAGCUCCCUCUCUGCCAGCCCCUGAGUACCUGCCCCCUGGUCCUGCUCCAUCCUACCCUGCCCCUGCCCCAGCUCCUGGUCCCAUCUACUCGGCUCCAGCACCAGCUCCAGUCUUGUCUGCACCUGCACCCGAGUACAACGCUCCAGCUCCCUCUCUGCCAGGACCUGAGUAUCUACCCCCUGUGCAGGACAUUCCCGCUCCAGCACCUGGUCCCAUAUACUCGGCUCCAGCACCAGCUCCAGUUUACUCGCCACCCGCACCCGAGUACAACGCUCCAGCUCCUUCUCUGCCAGCACCUGAGUAUCUGCCUCCUGUGCAGGACAUUCCCGCGCCAGCUCCAGCUCCCAUCUACUCCGCUCCAGCACCCGCUCCCGGCCCAAUCUACUCCGCUCCAGCACCAGCUCCCGGCCCCAUCUACUCCGCUCCAGCACCAGCUCCCGGCCCCAUCUACUCUGCUCCAGCACCAGCUCCCGGCCCAAUCUACUCUGCUCCAGCACCUGCUCCCAUAUUCUCCGGCCCAGCCGGCGAUUCCAACGGAUACGAGUACAACGUGCCAGCCAAACGCUUCCGUUUCUAAGUGCCCAUCCCCAUCCUCAUCUUUGGAGCGCCGUUUGUUAAAUUAAUAAGUGGCCUCCGGCACCUUGUUGUUGAUCAUUUGUUGUUAUUAUGCAAAGUUUCUGUUGAGAUUUUUAGCUAAUAAAUAUAUAUGUAUAUAAAUAUAAAACCA